CUGAAAGGAAUAAGCUGCGAACCCUGCUCUACAGCCCCCCUAUGGCAACGUGAAUGGCACGGCGCGUCGACUGUGGCUCACCUGUCCCUACUAGCGCUCAGACAACCAGCAACGAGAAUAAGUCGGCAGCUAUGGUGUGCCAGGGGGAGGCCUCGUGCGGUGACCGGCAGCAGGCGGGUCAGCGCAUUUCUACACCCGAAGGCACUGCUGUGGCGGUCUAUCAGUCUACCGGAGCGCCGGGCCAAAUGCAGUCAAGGCCGGAAAUUGAGAAACCAGCUUUGAAGCAGGGAGCACAGGAUGUCGGCUUGUUUGUUCUUGGGGGAGCGUCUACGGUCUGCGAAGGCCCCGUCAAAAUGCCUAGCAUGGACGAUUUCGCGGGCCACGUCGCAGCUACACAUGUUGCGCUGGACAUGCCAGAAGUAGCUGUGGAACUCGAGCCGGCAAAUAAACAGCCGGCCCUGGCGCCGGUUGUUCGCGCGAGCCUGGUGCCGCGCUCGGACUGCCUCACCGACGAUUCGUCCGGGAAGAGCAACGGCGGCAAGCUCAGGGGAUGCUUCAACGGGUUCAUCACGUCUUGCAAGGAGGUGGUUGACAUCUGCAUGCUAUACCCGACGGUCAUCAUUGUGCCGCUGUUGGUCUUCGCGUUGCUGUGCGGACUGGGCAUCUGGGGCGUCACUGCCGGUGCCAACGCCUAUGUGCAGCAACAGAAGGACGACGUGCGCAGCCGCGCUGUGGACGCCGUCACCGGCUUCCAGAUCCAGCUGCAGCAGUCUUUUACGCCUGGUUUGACGUUUCAGCUGCUGGUGAAGCAGCGACCGGACGUUGGGUACUGGUUUGAGAACUUCAACGCGACCGCUCAGGAGCUCAUGUCGCGCGUGCCGAAUGGUUCGUUGUGGAACCUGCAGCUGCAGCCGUUCGCGCAGGUCAUGAUGAUCAACCCGUUCCGGCCAGCCAUGGACGCGUCCCAGGUCAACCCGCCCCGCGACCUGCUCGCUGACCCCGCUCGGCGCAAUGACAUCAUGAAGAUCAUCACGACCCGCGAGCCGCUGGUGGUGGGGCCGGUGCUCCUAUCCAACGUGUCUUGGGGCACAUUCGUGCGCUAUCCAAUCUACAUCAAGAACGUGGACUGGAACGAGACGUUUGGCUUCCGCUACAUCCAUUCUAACUGGAACGGCACGCGCGAGGCGCUGCCGUACAGCAUGCUCCCUGCCAGUGUGCGCAACUGCACGGAGCAGGGCCCAUGCUAUAACUUCACCACGCGCGAAAAGUGGUGGGGCGUCAUGACGGUCCUCAUUAACUACGACGCCGUGACCAGCGGCAACGACGCCUACCUUGCGAACCUGCGCAAGCUGGGCUUCUACUACGCGUUGGUGCGGCCGCUCAACGCCACAGCGGAGCAGGUAAUUGCACAGGUUGGGCCCAGCUCCCUCCGCGACCACGAUUCGGUCACCGUGGACGUGAAGGUGUUCACCACGAUGUGGCAGCUAAGGGUGGCGCCGCAAGAUGGUUUCGAGCCGUCAUGGCGGGCGGCGCUGAUCGCGGCGGUGGUGAUCAUCGCAUUCAUCAUCGCCGCGCUGCUCUUUGUGGCCCUGGCUUCCUUCAGACGGCAGAGGCUGCUGCUGCAAGAGACGGUGGCCGCAAAUCGAAACCUGGCGGAGACGACUAAGCGCCUGGAGGAGGAGAAGGAGCGCAUGGAUGUGCUGCUGGUGCGGCAAUACGACCUGCUGAGGUGCCUGGACGCAAACCGCAGCGACGGCAAGAUUAACGUGUCAGACACCGUAGGCUCCAGCAAGAAGGCCAUGAUGGCCCGCAUUGAGGACGCGCGCCGCUCGCUGAACGUGGCCAAGUCAGCCGUUGAGGACCCCAUCCAGGUCUUCGAGGUCCUGGGCGCUGGAGCGUUCGGCAAAGUCCAGAAGGGCCUUUGGCGAGGUACGGUGGUGGCGGUUAAGACUAUGAUUUUGCCGGCCAACAUGACGGGGCAGCAGAAGCGCGAGAAGAUGGCGGUGAUGGAGGCGGCCAUCAGCAGCAGCCUUGUUCACCCCAACAUCGUGACCACCUACACCUACUUCAUCCGCCCAUACCACGAGCCAACACACGAGGCUGUGCAGAACAUGCUCGCACAAGGGGAGGUCGCACUCGGCAAGAUCUCAGACUCACGCACGUCUCUAGAUGACAGUACCGGUGACAGUUCCACCAUCCACAGCUAUGAGGUGCGCCUGGUGUUGGAGUUCUGUGACAAGGGGUCGCUCAAGGACGCGCUGGACCAGUCCGCCUUCAUGCAGGGUGGCGCCCUGAACCUGGCGGCGAUGCUGGAGACGGCCGCGGACGUGGCCAAAGCCAUGGUGCACAUGCACGCGGCCAACGUGCUGCACAGCGACCUCAAAGCCCGCAACAUCAUGCUCAAGAGCAGCGGCACAGAGGGCCGCGGCAUCGUGGCGAAGGUGGCCGACUUUGGUCUGUCCACGCGCAUGGAGCACCAGGAGACGCACCUGAGCAGCUGCUUCCAGGGCACGCUGACGCACAUGGCUCCGGAGGUGAUGCUGGAGGGCCGCAUCAGCAAGGCCGCGGACGUGUACUCGUUUGGCAUUCUCCUGUGGGAGUUGUUCUGCGCCGGCGACCCGUUCCAGGGCGUGCCGCGUGCGCACCUGGGUCACGCAAUCACCAAGGAGGCGCGGCGGCCCAAGUUCCCGCCCUUCGCUCCGGCGGGCUUCGUGCGGCUCGCGACGCGUUGCUGGGACCCCGACGCCUCUCAGCGGCCCAUGUUUGAGGAGGUGCUGUCAGAGCUGGUGCGCAUGCGCGAGGAGCUGGGCGGAGAGACACCACAGCUUGUGGUGACGCCGCCCAAGCCCAUAACGCAUGAGAAGAGCGUUGAGAGUGGCCCACGCAUUACCGCCAGCCAAGGGGCUGAACAGCUUGGCGUGGCCACCAGCGGCUUUCACAUUGCCAGCGGGGGUGCGUCGACGUUGCUAAGCGCGGGCAUCGUCCUUGGAGGGGUUGGGGGUAGCACCCACGGCAGCAUAGGCUCCUUGGGUGGCUCAAUUGGGGCCCGGUCUGGAAUCAAAAGCUCGAUAGCGCAGCGGCAUCUGCGCAAGCUGGGAAUAAAGCUUGGAGGCAUGGGAGGCUCGGGUCUGGCCCCCGCACUUCCUGCGUUGCAUGAGGCGCAUGAGGACCGCGAGGAGGAUGGCGCAGAAGCGGAGGCGGCCACUGGCAGCAGGGCAAACGAGUCACCUGAGGCGUCUGGAAAGUUGGGAGAGCCUGGCGGGAGCAGUCCUCUGCUGGUCAUGGCCGGCGGCAGAGGUGGGGGCGACGGUGCGCCGGCCCCCAUGACCGUGUAGGACAUUCGAUGGUGUUGACAAGGGACUGGACACUGCGCUUCAUCCAUGUGCACGAAUGCAUUUGCUGAACGCUACUACUGUUGGCCAUCGAUAUCACUGCAUGCAAGAUGUUGGGACGGCUGUCGCCGUGCGUUUGUACGGACGCACGGGUUUCACGGCGAUGGCACCGGCGUGCUUAUACCUUCUAUGAGGGCGCUACCUCUCUAGUCUCAACCCGCAUUUAAGGCUGACUGCAUACGCUUGUUACUGCCUCACACUGUGUGCAAAAGCAAGCAUGCAUGGAUAACGCAGACAUUAUGGAGUGCAUCGCGGCUUGUGUGACUGCUCAGGAGAUGGGCAGCGCAAACUGCAAUUCAUGGCCGCUUGUAUUCAAGUUUAAGAAAGGGAAAUGAUUGAUUGCAGCAGGUCUGCUUGCUGCAGGAUAACCCGUUGGUUUUAUCUGGUUACUUGAUGGCAACAGGCGCAUGUAUACGAUUGUGUGGUGGUUAUGGUUUUGGCACAUUCCGGCAGGCUUCAGGGGUGUUGUUGAGUGCAGAGCAUCGCACGCCAUGUAUUCAUUUGUUAUAUGAUAGUUGUUUGAACUUGCAUGCGCCGCACCACGGUACCUAUUUACAUGGUAGGAAGGGGCAUUGCUCGACAAUAUUGUGACAUAAAUGUUGAGCACCGGGGAUCUUUAAGAUCAAAGCGCUGAGCAUGUCUCAUAGCCACGAGCUAUUUGUCCUUAGGAUUGGUUCGACAGCUGCCAACAAAGGCCGUCCCCACGGCUGGGCCCAGCUGUAUGAUGUCGGCGCCAGGACGCCAGGCACUUGAGUCAUUGUUGACGUGCAAUGGAUCUCUUCGUAUACGUAGUAUACACUUCUCAGGGCUAUGCGAGUGCGCCUACUUACGUACGUCUGCUCCAGAUCUCUUGGUCUAGAGGACUGCGUCGUUGGCGUGUGUAGUCCACGUUGGCUCAAGUGUGCGUGACAAGCGCUAGGGCUGCGGCGGCUGAAGACAGUCACGCCGAGCUGGGCUUGUACGAAGCGGUAACAGCGGUGAGCAGCAGGUUAGGUAUGCUUGUGUGAUGGGCAGAGCUGAUUGCACCAGGUGCACAGACAUUGGGCUCACGUUGUGGGCUCACCUGUGCACAGAUGCUGGCCGGCCCGGAGGUGCAUACCGUGGAACAUUCUUAUGCGGAACGGGCACGUGCUGACCCAAGUGGCGUGCUCGCAGAAUCUGUGGAGCAUUUUGUCCAGCGUGCGACCUCUGCUAGUACAUUGACAUUUAUGGAAGAGAUAAGACGAUGAAUGUGUGCAGCGGUUGGAAGGUGCAGAACGUGCCUGGCAUGGGUGCGAGGGGACAUAGGUUUCCAUAAAGGAGCGGCAGGUUCUACAGUGUCUGGGCAGCCACCUCCUUGUUGGCGCAAUCCCUAUGCACAAAUUCGCGUAUGCGGAUCCCGCAUUGCAAAAGGCGCAAACGGCUCACCGGGAGCCCUAUGAGCUGGUGUGCGGCUGUAGUUGCAGCAAGGGUGUCAGGCACGGGUGUCAGGGUUGCUGGCCAAGUCCGGGCUGUAUGGGCGCUCACGAAAGGCCUCGGGACUCGUCCCUGCGAUUGACACACACACGAUCACAGGU